CUCCCCAUUCUCUUACGCCUUAAAGUUAUCUUAAAAUGUUACUAAACCCAGGACCCUGCAUUCACUAUAUCCGGUCUCCCACAGUACACGGAACAUGGAAAUGCAAUUAUUUAUUAACUAUAAACUGCGAAAUACCUUUUCUCAUCAGCAGUUAGAGCAGUCUUGUGACUUCUAUCAGUGUCCAGCCAAGCACUGGUUAAAGCUUGAAGAAGGAGUUUUCAUUUUACUCUAGGAGGAAGCAGAACCCCUGA